AUGCAAGAUGACAAUAGACUAUUAAAAGUUUUAUUUCAUUUAAUUGACGGCUUGACAUUUUUAAUUCGUUUUAUUAUUUUAUGUACGGAUUUAUCAGCUGUUACUAACAAUACAAAAAAUCAUCUCAGUGAUAGUCUGCGUUAUUUAUUACCAAUAUUAGUUUUAGAAUUAUUAAGUUCAUUUAUAUUAUUUUUAACUGAUUCACUUAGAGAUCAAUUUCAACCAAGAGAAUUUAUUGAUCAUCAAAUUGUAUUUGGAUUUCAUCAAACAGAACAAAAAGCAGCUUAUCUCAUAUCGACAGAUGUAAAAGGAUUUAAAUCAAGUAGUAAGAGUAUGCUAGGCGAAGGUAUUUAUUUUGCCACAUCAAUCAAUCACACAGAAAGAAAAGCACAUUAUUUUGGUGCAUAUAUAUGUGUUAAAAUUAAUUUAGGGCGAAUAUAUCGUACAGACGUGAGAAGACCAGUAUUAACACCUGAACUUAAAAAAAAAAUUUUGAUAUAG